UUAGUUCUUUGCUUUUGUCGUCUUGAACAGAGCUCCCUUCAGUUGUACUACUUCCCCACUUUCUCUCACUGCCCCUAUUUCUCUCUCUCUUCUUUUCUUUCAUCACCUGAUGUCCUAUCUCUUUCUACUCCAUUUAUUACCCAUGGAAGAAGGUACAGUGUUAAUUUAGACGAAGGGGGGACAAUUUUGCGGGCACAUUCUGCAGUUCGUUGAAACUCCCAUUGUCUUCGCUAAGGGAAAUCGGACAAUGGGGAAGAAGUACUUCAUUCUUGCAGUGUUCGUUGUGAUUUUUCUUGCUGGAUGUUCAUCUGCUUCUGCAUUGCCCGCCGCAAAAAUUGUUAGUGGUAUGGUCACGAACGUCGCCUCCACUAUUCUGAAGCGGCUGUGGUCGCUGAAACCAAAUCCCAAAAGUGCUGUUUCCAGCCGUUCGAUGAUGAAAUUCGAAAGUGGGUACACCGUUGAAACUGUCUUCGAUGGAAGCAAGCUUGGGAUUGAGCCUUACACGGUGGAGGUCUCACCAGAUGGCGAUGUUCUCAUAUUGGACUCUGAAAACAGCAACAUCCACAAGAUCUCCACUCCCUUUUCCAGAUAUAGUAGGCCGAAGUUGGUUGCUGGAUCAGGCGACGGUUACACCGGUCAUGUUGAUGGGAAGCUAAGAGAAGCUCGGCUUAAUCGCCCGAAAGGGCUGGCUGUGGACGACAAUGGGAACGUGUACAUUGCUGAUACAAUGAACAUGGCAAUCAGGAAGAUCAGUGAUACUGGAGUUGUAACGAUUGCUGGAGGCAAAUCAGGCCGUGGCGGAGGGCAUAUUGACGGGCCAAGUGAGGAUGCAAAGUUUUCAGACGAUUUCGAUGUGGUCUAUGUCGGAAGUAGCUGCUCUCUUCUAGUCAUCGACAGAGGGAAUCAAGCGAUCCGUGAGAUCCAACUCCGUGAAGACGAUUGCGUGCACCAGGACAACAUCGGUGAGCUUCAUUUGGGAAUAGCAGUGCUUGCCGCAGCUUGUUUCUUCGGUUACAUGCUGGCCUUAUUGCAGCGCCGUAUCGCCUCUAUUCUCUCUUACAACACUGAUAAUGUCAGGAACGGAGCGCCUGACCAAUACCAGAGGCGGCCGCCACCGAAAUCAGUCAGGCCGCCGUUGAUUCCUACAGAAGAAGACUACGAUAAGGAAGAAGAAGGCGUAUUCAGUUCGAUGGGGAAACUUCUCGUCUACACGUGUUCAUCCGUAGUCGAGCUUUUCGGUGGCCUAUUCACAGGUUUCAAGCGGAAGCCCAUCCACCACGUGCCGCAGCAGCAUCACCACCACCAGUCCCGACACGGCGGCAACACCUGGCCCGUGCAGGAAAGCUUCGUAAUCCCACACGAAGACGCUCCGCCGCCAAUCGACCCCAGAGAACCCACUCCAAGAAAAAACUUCGUCGACAAGUCCCGACAAUUCAAGCCCAGCAGCCAAUCCUAUUACGGCGGAUGGAGCGGCGAUUACCAGCACCACCCCCACCAGCAGCCCCCGCCGCCGCCACGUCAGCUGCAGCAGCAGUACCACCAUCAGAAGCACCAUCCAACCAGCCCUCGGACUUACUACGAGCAGGAAAACAGCGAGACGAACGAGAUUGUGUUCGGGGCCGUGCAAGAACAGGACGGGCGGCGGGAGGCCAUGGUGAUAAAGGCUGUCGACUACGGAGAUCCGGUCUACAAUAACCAGAAUGUCCGGUCCAGGUCGUACAAUUACAUGAGCUACUCUUACGGCUACUGAUAGAUCGAACGUCAAAGGGAAUUAAGAACUAGUUAAUGUAAUGUAUAGAAGAAAGUACGUAGCUGCAUGACUUGAUUGAUUUCUCCUCGAUCGAUCUGCACAGGAUGUCUGAAUAUUACCCUUCUCCCUUUUCGAUCUGCCUUUCUUUAAUUAAAUCCGUUUCAAGUUUCUAGAAA